AGGAUGAGCAGAUAGCCUUUCUAACCAAGCAAUGGUAUAUGGGGGUGCUGGCAYGUAUCCGCAUCAAUGCAUUUCGUGUUGAAUUGGUUGGAAGAUCAUAUGAGGAUCUGUUUUUAUCAGCAGCAGCCUCUGUUGAAGCUGAAGUUGCUGUGGGUAAUGCUGUUUAUAUGCUUCCAUCCUUCUACAAUCAUGACUGUGAUGCCAAUGCACACAUUGUAUGGGUAGAGAAUGUGGAUGCCAGAUUGAAAGCUUUGCGUGAUAUUGAAUCAGGUGAGGAGCUUCGGAUAUGCUAUAUUGAUGCAAGCAUGGAUCAUCAUGCUCGACAAAAUCUCCUGCUCAAAGGGUUUGGUUUUCACUGCCAUUGUCUUCGUUGCAGCUCUGGUGAUUAGGGAAUAUUACAUCAAUGUACUAGUCAACCAGGGUAAUGAUUUAGGUGACAAGAGACCAGAGAAAAGAUGGUUAAUUGGUUAUCACACAUGGGAUAAUUAGUAUUGGUUUUACAGAGCCCUGUUUUAUCUUUUUUUGGCCUUCUGUACUUAAUG